GACGCACGGACGGACGGACGGGAGGGCGAGCGCGGCUUUACUUUUUGCAGCUACGUCCCGCGCGUUGCCGCCGCCGGCGCUCGCUCACCCGAUGUGGCCGGCCGGCCGGCGGGCCUGUCGACGGCUUUUUCGGGUCGCAAUGACUUGCAGCCUCCGUUGAAUGUUCGACGGUGCACGGUCGAGCGAGGCAAAUGACGGCAUGGAGAUAACGCGCAACAGGCCGUCCUUGUACGGAGACAUCGCUCACGGUCUGGGCUUCUGGACGGAGCGGUCGGCUGUGCACGAGGCGGCGGCGCAAGGCAGGGCGGCGCGGCUGCAGCAGCUGAUCCGGGACGGGGCGGCCGUCGACGCACCGGCCGUCGACUCCGUCACGCCCUUGCACGAGGCCUGCGUCCGGGGACACGCCCGCUGCGUCGCGCUGCUGCUGGCUGCCGGGGCGCAGGUGGACGCCCGCAACAUCGACUGCAGCACGCCGCUGUGCGACGCCUGCGCCGCCGGCAGCCCGGAGUGCGUCAAGCUGCUGCUGGAGCACGGCGCUGCCGUCAACCCGCCGUUCUUCACCUUCUCGCAGCUGCACGAGGCGUGUCUGCGAGGCAAUUUGGAUUGCGUGGAGCUGCUGAUCCAGCACGGCGCCUCCAUGGAGGCGCACGACUGCCGCUACGGGACGCCGCUGCACGUGGCCUGCGCCAGCAAACACUACCUCUGCGCUAAAGUGCUCCUCAAUGCCGGCGCCAAUGUAAAUGCAGCCAAGCUCCACGAGACGGCGCUCCACGCCGCCGCCAAGGCGCGCCACGUGGAGCUGAUCGAGCUGCUGGUGGAGUUUGGCGCCGACCUGCACGCCCGAGACAACGCAGACAAGAAGGCCGUCCACUACGCGCCGCUCGGAUCGCCGGCGCAUCUCUGCUUUCGCUUCUACCAGGACACGCCGCUGAGCCUUCAGCAGCUGGCGCGCUUGGCCCUGAGGAGGAUCCUGGGCGUGAAGGCGCUCCACGUUUUCUCCCAGCUGGAUUUGCCCAAACGCACGCUCGCCUUUCUGUCGUACGCCCCGGCUCCCGUCCUCCAAGUCUGACCAGCGUUUUGGAAGCCUCACUCACUCACUCACUCACUCACUCACUCACUCACUCACUCACUCACUCACUCACUCACUCACUCACUCACUCACUCACUCACUCACUCACGCAGGCAGGCACGUUGGCAUCUUUUUUUGGAUGGACUGGCCACCGAAGCCAGAUGCGCCGCCCGACUUCUCGAGCGUGACGCUUACGCCCCUGCGAUCAUUGAAAUCCAAAAAAACAACAAUCUUGUUCUGCUAACAGGAAACAAAUCCCUUUUUUCUUUUCAUCUGACAAGAUAGAACAGUCAUCCUUCCCAAAGGUACACAGGAAAAAAAAAAAAAGAACCCUCCUACUACGUCUGUUGACAAAACUUUUAGUUCAAACAAGGCUGGGCUUGGAAUGAGUCCUGUUUUCACUCUUCUUCUUGCAAAUGAACAGCAUCAAACAUCAUGGCGUGCCACCAUCUAGUGGUCAACGGUGGAAUGACACCCAAAACACACUGGAGCCCAAACAACAGUUACAAACUGUUUAUAUGGAUAGAUAAAAAAUGCUGCAAACCUGCAGCGGAGUGGCGGUGUGUCUAUACAUUUGUAAAUCACACAGAUGGUUCUCCCUUUGUGAAUUGUGUAUUAGUAAAGGAGAGUGCUCACUCUU